AUGAAGUCUCUGGUUAUUGGGUUCUUGUGGCCCUUGCUGCUGCUACUGCUGCUGCUGCCUCCAGUGCUGAUGCUGCAGGAGAACUAUUGGGAUUACAGGGAAUACGAAUUCGACCCAGAACUUCGUGACUUCCUUAGGGAGUAUGAGAGCACUGGACCUACCAAACCACCUACCGUGAAAAGACUCAUAGAAAUGUUCACUGUUGGUGAACGACCUUUGAAUACCUAUGAGUACUGCAACAAUGAAAUCAUGACAAAACAGAUUCACUAUAAGGGGCGCUGUUACCCAGAGCACUACAUUGUAGGCGUGUCCUAUGGAGAGCUAACAAAAGCCUGCGAAGGUGAGCCAGUGCAGUGUAAGAAUGGUAUUAAAAUUUGCAGAAGAAGUAUGCAUCUAGUAGAAGGAGUGCGGUGUGUUUUAGAAAGUGGUGAGCGGAUGGGAGACUGCAGAUAUGGAACCAUCUACGUGACCGGUUAUCCAGUUGUCACUUGUCAAUGGGACGAAGACACCCAAAUAUUUAUUCCUAACCAUAUAUAUAAUAUGGUACCACGCAAGUAG